GAAACGCUGUGGUGAACCCCUCGUUGGAUGUUGAAGACAGUGCGGAGGAAGCCAUGGAAGUGAAGGAACGCAGACCCUACCGCUCGCUCACCGCCCGGCAGGACACGGAGCGCCGCUACACCAGCUCCUCCGCCGACAGCGAGGACGGGAAACCCAACCCCAAGUCCUACAGCUCCAGCGAGACGCUCAAGGCCUUCGACCACGACUCGAGGAUGGCCUACGGGAGCCGCGUCAAAGAGAUGGUCCAUCACGAGGUGGACGAGUUCAGCCGGCAAGGGGCCGACUUCUCCCUCCGAGACCUGGGCUUCGGGGAGGCCCUGCCGUCCCACGUGGCCACGUACCGGAGCGACCUGGGGAUGCCGCACCGCGACUACUCGGUCAGCGUGGGCUCGGACGCCGACACGGAGACGGACGGCGUCAUGUCCCCGGAGCACGCCGUCAGGUUAUGGGGACGCAGCAACACCAAGUCGGGCCGCAGCUCGUGCCUCUCCAGCAGGGCCAACUCCAACCUAACCCUCACCGACACCGAACACGAGAACACCGAGAACGACGGAGCCUUUCAAAACCACUCUCGGCUACGGACGCCUCCUCUCCCUCUCUCCCACUCCCACUCGCCCAACCAUCAGCACCAUGCGGCCUCCAUUAACUCCUUGAACAGGGGCAACUACACGCCUCGGAGCAACCCGAGUCCCGCGCCCACAGACGGCUCCGCUCCUCCCGAGGGCCCGGCCACUGGUCAGGAGCCCGGCAGCGCGCAGGACAACUGGCUGCUCAACAGCAACAUCCCCCUGGAGACAAGGAGCCAGAAUACUCUAAUGUUUAUCAGAGAAGAGCAGGACGCUUGCAGAGAAGGGCAGGGCUCUUACAAAACCAGAAACAUAGCAAAGCAGACAUUCCUAGAGACAUUACAGGACAACCUCAUUGAGAUGGACAUUCUGGCAUCGGCUCACCACGAUGCCCCGUACAACGACGGGCACUUCCUGUUCAAACCAGGUGGCACCUCACCAAUGUAUUGCACAACAUCACCGGGAUACCCUUUGACCUCCAGCACGGUGUACUCGCCUCCCCCGCGCCCUCUGCCUCGGAACACCUUCUCCCGGCCGGCCUUCAGCCUGAAGAAACCCUACAAGCACUGCAACUGGAAGUGCGCCGCUCUCAGUGCCAUCCUCAUCUCAGUAACACUGCUGUUCCUGUUGGCCUACUUUAUCGCCAUGCACCUUUUCGGAUUAAACUGGCACCUGCAGCCGAUGCAGAGACAGAUGUACCAGCUGUCCGAGGACAACACCAGUGGCCUGCCCUUCCCCACUGACCUGAGCCUGCCUCCACUCGGCAACACUGGUGUAGACAUACUGGACCGCAAAGGAAAAGAUGAAAGCAAAUUGGACAGCUUGUUCCCGGAUGACAGCUAUAUAGAUAUGGGGGAGAUUGACGUGGGACGCAAGGUCGCCCAGCAGAUUCCCCCCGGUAUCUUCUGGAGGUCCCAGGUCUUCAUUGAUCAUCCCCUGUACCUGAAGUUUAACGUGUCCCUGAGCAAAGAUGCCUUGGUGGGAGUCUACGGGAGGAGAGGUCUCCCUCCGACACACACACAGUUUGACUUUGUGGAGCUCUUGGACGGGCGGCGGCUUCUCGCCCAGGACUUCCACGGUCUGGAGGGGCCCGUGGCGAUGCAGCGGAGCCUGGUGCCCAUCACCACGCACGACACAGGAUUUAUCCAGUACAUGGACUCGGGCAUUUGGCAUCUGGCCAUCUACAACGACGGCAAGGAAACCGAAACCGUCUCCUUCCUCACCACUGCCAUAGAAUCUCUGGACGACUGUCCCAGUAACUGCUUCGGGAACGGGGACUGCGUCUCCGGAGCAUGCCACUGCUUCCUGGGAUUCAAAGGACCCGACUGCGGCCGAGCCGCCUGUCCGGUGCUGUGCAGCGGGAAUGGUCAAUACCUUAAAGGUCGCUGCAUGUGUCACAGCGGCUGGAAGGGCGCCGAGUGUGACGUUCCCACCAACCAGUGCAUCGACAUCACAUGCAGCAGCCACGGGACCUGCAUCGUGGGAACCUGCAUCUGCAACCCGGGCUACAAAGGGGAGAACUGCGAAGAAGUGGACUGCCUGGACCCGACAUGCUCCGGGCGAGGGGUGUGCGUCCAGGGAGAGUGCCACUGCUUUGUGGGCUGGGGGGGGGCAGGAUGUGAGAGCCCCAGGGCCUCCUGCAUGGACCAGUGCUCUGGACACGGGGCGUUCCUGGCGGACACCGGAACCUGCAGCUGUGAUCCCAACUGGACCGGCCACGACUGCUCCACAGAGAUUUGUGCAGCGGACUGUGGUGGCCAUGGCAUUUGUGUGUCGGGCACCUGCCGCUGCGACGACGGCUGGAUGGGCACCGGGUGUGACCAGAGGGCGUGUCACCCUCGCUGCAACGAGCACGGCACCUGCAAGGACGGCAAAUGUGAAUGCAGCCCGGGCUGGAACGGAGAACACUGCACCAUUGAGGGCUGCCCUGGUUUAUGCAAUGGAAAUGGUAGGUGCACUCUGGGUAACAAUGGCUGGUACUGUGUGUGCCAGCUGGGCUGGAGGGGCACUGGCUGUGACACCUCAAUGGAAACGGCCUGCAGUGACGUCAAGGACAACGAUGGAGAUGGCCUGGUGGACUGCAUGGAUCCGGACUGCUGUCUCCAGUCCACCUGUCACACCACCCCCCUGUGCGUGGGCUCCCCCGACCCGCUGGACAUCAUCCAGGAGACACAGAUGUCCUCGGCACAGAACAACCUGCAGACCUUCUACGAGCGGGUGCGUUUCCUCGUGGGCCGGGACAGCACCCACAUCGUCCCCGGGGCCAACCCCUUCGACGGCAGCCAUGCUUGUGUCAUCCGUGGACAAGUGGUGACCUCGGACGGAACGCCGCUGGUCGGAGUCAACAUCAGUUUCAUCAACAACCCGUCCUAUGGUUACACAAUCACCCGGCAGGAUGGAAGUUUUGACUUGGUGACCAACGGGGGCGUAGCCAUCGCCCUGCACUUUGAGCGCGCUCCAUUCAUCACCCAGGAGCACACGCUGUGGCUGCCGUGGGGCCGCUUCUUCGUGAUGGACACCAUCGUGAUGCGGCACGAGGAGAACGACAUCCCGAGCUGUGACAUCAGCAGCUUCACCCGGCCGAGCCCCGUGGUGUCGCCGGCCGCGCUCACCGCCUUCGCCGGCUCCUGUGCCGAGCGGGGGACCGUGGUGCCCGAGAUCCAGUCGCUGCAGGAGGAAGUGCCUAUUCCAGGAUCAGAUAUGAAACUGGGCUAUUUAAGCAGCAGGACCCCAGGUUACAAGUCAAUCCUGAGAGUGACCCUCAGCCACUCCAGCAUCCCUUUCAACCUGAUGAAGGUUCACCUCAUGGUGGCCGUGGAGGGCCGGCUGUUCAGGAAGUGGUUUCCCGCUGCCCCCAACCUCUCGUACUACUUUGUGUGGGACAAGGCGGACGUCUACAGCCAGAAGGUCUACGGCCUGUCUGAAGCCUUCGUAUCGGUGGGUUUCGAGUACGAGUCAUGUCCAGAUCUUAUCCUGUGGGAGAAGAGGACGGCUGUUCUGCAGGGAUACGAACUCACAGCCUCCAAACUGGGAGGGUGGACCAUAGACAAGCACCAUGCUUUAAAUAUCCAGAGUGGGAUCCUUCACAUGGGAAACGGGGAGAACGUCUUCAUCUCCCAGCAGCCUCCUGUGAUCGGCAGCGUGAUGGGCAACGGGCGCAGGCGCAGCAUCUCCUGCCCCAGCUGCAACGGCCUGGCGGACGGGAACAAGCUGCUGGCCCCCGUGGCUCUGGCCUGCGGCUCGGACGGGAGUCUCUACGUGGGGGACUUCAACUACGUGAGGAGGAUCUUCACCACGGGGAAUGUCACCAGCGUCCUGGAGCUCAGAAAUAAAGACUUCAGGCAUAGCAACAGCCCCGCUCACAAGUACUAUCUGGCCACCAGUCCGGUGAACGGCGCCGUGUACCUCUCGGACACCAGCAGCAGGAAGGUGUUCAAGGUCAAGUCCCUGAACGUGGUGAAAGACGUGGCCAAGAACCUGGAGCUGCUGGCCGGCACCGGGGACCAGUGUCUCCCGUACGACGACACCCGCUGCGGGGACGGGGGGAAAGCGGUCGAGGCCACGCUCACGAACCCCAGAGGAAUCACGGUGGAUAAAUACGGUGUCAUCUUCUUCGUGGACGGGACCAUGAUUCGCCGGAUUGAUCAGAACGGCAUCAUCUCCACCCUGCUGGGCUUCAACGACCUGACCUCUGCCCGACCCCUCAGCUGCGACGCUGUGAUGGACAUCUCUCAGGUGCGUCUGGAGUGGCCCACAGACCUGGCCGUGAGUCCCAUGGACAACUCCCUGUACGUCCUGGACAACAACGUGGUUCUCCAGAUCUCGGCGAACCAUCAAGUCCGUAUUGUAGCCGGCCGCCCGAUGCACUGCCAGGUCCCCGGGAUCGAUCAUUUCCUAAUGAGCAAAGUGGCCAUCCACGCCACCCUGGAGUCCGCCAACGCCCUCGCCGUGUCCCACAAUGGCAUUCUGUACAUCGCCGAGUCGGACGAGAAGAAGAUAAACCGAGUCCGACAGGUGUCCACGAACGGGGAGAUCUCCCUGGUUGCGGGGGCGCCGAGCGGCUGCGACUGCAAGACGGACGCCAACUGUGAUUGUUACUCCGGAGACGAAGGCUAUGCCAAGGACGCCAAGCUGAACGCGCCCUCCUCGCUGGCGGUUUGUCCAGACGGGGAGCUUUACAUCGCAGACCUGGCUAACAUUCGCAUCCGCUACGUGCGCCGAAACAAGCCCUAUCUGAAUCCCCUCAGCAUGUACGAGGUGUCCUCUCCCAUCAAUGACGAGCUCUACCUGUUCGACUCCAACGGCAGCCACAUCUUCACACAGAGCUUGACGACAGGAGACCACCUCUACAACUUGACCUACACGGGAGGGGGGGAUCUGAGCAGCAUCACCGACAAGAACAAGAACACGGUGAUCAUCCGAAGGGACACGACAGGAAUGCCCCUGUGGCUGAUGGUCCCCGAUGGACAGACAUUCUGGUUCACCAUCGGGACAAACACUGCCCUGAAAACUGUCGCCGCUCAGGGUCAGGAACUCGCGGUGAUGACCUACCAUGGCAGCUCGGGACUUCUGGCCACCAAGACGAACGAAAACGGAUGGACCACCUUCUUCGAGUAUGACACUUACGGGCGGCUGACUAACAUCACUUACCCGACGGGCCGAGUGAGCAGCUACCGCUCGGCCGCCGACAGCUCGGUCCGCAUCCAGGCGGAGGGCUCCACCAAGGAGGACAUCACCGUCACCACCAACCUGUCGGCCUCUGGCACCUUCUACACACUCAUGCAGGAUCAAGUACGCAACAGCUACUUCAUUGGUCUGGACGGCGCGCUGCGGCUAGUGCUGGCCAAUGGCAUGGAGGUCUCCCUGCACACCGAGCCCCACCUGCUGGCUGGCACCGUCAACCCCACGGUCAGCAAGAGGAACGUGACCCUGGCCAUCGACAACGGCCUCAACCUGGUGGAGUGGAGGCAGAGGAAGGAGCAGGCCCGCGGCCAGGUCACUGUUUACGGACGCAGAUUAAGGGUUCAUAACAGGAACUUGCUGUCGCUGGACUUUGAUCGAAUCACCAGAACAGAGAAGGUCUAUGACGACCACAGGAAGUUCACCUUGCGGAUCCACUACGACCAGGCGGGUCGACCCACUCUGUGGGCGCCGAGCAGUCGCCUCAACGGGGUCAACGUCACCUACUCCGCCGCGGGGCAUGUGGCCGGCAUCCAGAGAGGCACCAUGUCGGUUCGCAUGGAGUACGACCAGAACGGCAGAAUCACCUCCCAGAUAUUCGCUGAUGGUAAAUCCUGGAGCUACACGUACCUUGAGAAGUCCAUGGUUCUCCUGCUCUACAGCCAGAGGCAGUACAUCUUUGAAUUUGACAAAAACGACAGACUCUCCUCCGUGACCAUGCCCAACGUGGCACGGCAGACCCUGGAAACCUCGCGCUCCAUCGGCUACUACAGGAACACCUACCAUCCCCCGGAGGGUAACGCCUCGGUGCUCCAGGACUACAGCGAGAACGGUCAGCUGCUGCAGACCACCUACCUGGGCACCGGCCGCAGGGUCAUCUACAAGUACGGCAAGCUGGCCAAGCUGCUGGAGAUCCUCUACGACACCACGCGCAUCGGCUUCUCCUAUGACGAGGUGACGGGCAUGCUGAAGACGGUGAACCUGCAGAGCGAGGGCUUCACCUGCACCAUCCGCUACCGUCAGAUCGGCCCGCUGAUCGACCGGCAGAUCUUCCGAUUCAGCGAGGAGGGCAUGGUGAACGCCCGAUUCGACUACGUCUAUGACAACAGCUUCCGAGUCACGAGCAUGCAGGCGGUCAUCAACGAAACCCCGCUGCCGAUCGACUUGUACCGCUACGACGACGUGUCCGGCAAAACCGAGCAGUUCGGCAAAUUUGGCGUGAUCUACUACGACAUCAAUCAGAUAAUCACCACAGCGGUGAUGACCCACACCAAGCACUUUGACGCCUACGGCCGGGUGAAGGAGGUCCAGUACGAGAUCUUCCGCUCGCUCAUGUACUGGAUGAUGGUGCAGUACGACAACAUGGGCCGAGUGGUGGCCAAGGAGCUGAAGGUCGGGCCGUACGCCAACACCACCCGCUACACCUACGAGUACGACGCCGACGGCCAGCUGCAGGUGGUCUCCAUCAACGACAAGCCCCUGUGGAGAUACAGCUACGACCUGAACGGCAACUUGCAUCUGCUCAGCCCUGGGAACAGCGCCCGCCUCACGCCGCUACGCUACGACAUCAGAGACCGGAUCACUCGCCUGGGAGACGUCCAGUACCGGGUGGACGAGGACGGAUUCCUCAAGCAGCGAGGAAACGAAUACUUUGAGUACAACUCUGCCGGCCUGCUGAUCAAAGUGUACAACAGGGUGAGCGGCUGGAGCAUCAAGUACCGCUAUGACGGCGUGGGCAGGCGGGUGUCGAGCAGGAGCAGCUCCGGCCAUCACCUGCAGUUCUUCUACGCCGACCUGUCCAGCCCCACCCGGGUCACGCACAUGUACAAUCACUCCAGCUCGGAGAUCACGUCUCUGUACUAUGACCUGCAGGGACACCUGUUCGCCAUGGAGCUGAGCAGCGGGGAUGAGUUCUACGUGGCCUGUGAUAACAUAGGAACCCCUCUGGCUGUGUUCAGCGGCUCGGGCCUGAUGAUUAAACAGAUUCUCCACACGGCGUUCGGGGAGGUCUACCUGGACUCUAACCCCAGCUUCCAGCUCAUCAUCGGCUACCAGGGAGGCCUGUACGAGCCUCUCAGUAAACUGGUCCACAUGGGAAGACGGGACUACGACGUGCUGGCCGGCCGCUGGACCACGCCCAACCACGAGAUCUGGAAACGUCUCAACAGCAACCACAUCGUGCCGUUCAACUUGUACAUGUUCAAGAACAACAAUCCUCUGAGCAACAACGAGGAGAUAAAGUGCUACAUGACUGAUGUUAACAGCUGGCUGGUAACUUUCGGCUUCCAGCUGUACAACGUCAUUCCCGGCUAUCGGAAACCAAACACCGAGGCCAUGGAGCCGUCCUACGAGCUGGUCAGGACCCAGAUCAAGACCCAGGAGUGGGACAGCACCAAGUCCCUGCUCGGCGUCCAGUGUGAGGUUCAGAGGCAGCUGAAGGCUUUCGUGAAGCUGGAGCGUUUCGGCCAAAUCUACAGAUCCAAAAGCGCCGGCUGUGCCCAGACGGAGAGCAAGAAGGUGUUCGGCUCCGGCGGCUCCAUCUUCGGGAAGGGGGUGAAAUUCGCCAUCCGAGAAGGUCGCGUCAGCACCGACAUCAUCAGCCUGGCCAACGAAGAUGGCCGCCGCAUGGCCGCGGUGCUGAACGACGCCUUCUACCUCGAGGACCUGCACUUCACCAUCGCCGGCACGGACACGCACUACUUCGUCAAACUGGGCUCGGUGGAGGGAGACCUGGCCCUCAUCGGCAUGACGGUGGGCCGCCGCACGCUGGAGACCGGCGUCAACGUGACGGUGUCCCAGGUCAACACGGUGCUCAACGGCAGGACUCGGCGCAUCACGGACAUCCAGCUGCAGCACGGCGCCCUGUGCCUGAACACGCGCUACGGCAGCAGCGUGGACGAGGAGAAGGCUCGCGUGCUGGAGCUGGCCCGGCAGAGGGCGGUGGCCCAGGCGUGGGCCCGGGAGCGCCAGAGACUGAGGGACGGAGAGGAGGGCUCCCGGACCUGGACCGAGGGAGAGAAGCAGCAGCUCCUGGGCUCGGGGAAGGUGCAGGGCUACGACGGAUACUACGUGGUGUCGGUGGACCAGUACCCGGAGCUGGCGGACAGUGUCAACAACAUUCACUUCAUGAGACAGAGCGAAAUGGGCCGAAGGUGACAUGAACAUGAGGCUGUGGAGGGACGGACUCACAUGUAGGACAUGGGACUUCUUGCCAAAGACAGUUGUGUACAUGACCACUUUUUUUUUUUCUUUGACUGUGCUCAACUUGGUUUUUAAAAUACCGUCAAAAAACUUUAAAAAAGAAAAAAACAUGGUUGCAAUCAGUUGCACUGUAUUAAUAGAAGAGUGCCCUUCUCCGUUUGAAGAUUCUUUAACAGUCCUUGCCCUUCAAGUGCGGCUGCUGGAGGAGGAAACAUUUGCGACGUCUGUGUGACAUAUUUUCGUGACUCCCAUUUCCUCAUCGCUGUUGGUGGUUCUGUUCAAAGGGAUCCGAGAGGAGUCCUGGUAAUGCAUUUUGUUCACCGGCUCACUCCGGUGCCAGACGUGCAGAUUGUUAUUCACAAGCUUCGCUCCAUUCUGCCUUUUUGUCGCCCGCGCCUCAGCCAAGGAGAUUCCUUCUCUUUUAAUCACUUCUCUUUUUUAUACUUGAAGCCCUCAUCGCCCCGGUCAUCCAUAAAUGAUGAGAGCGAUUUCUGCUGGAGCCCUUCAUCACCACGAGCUGUACUUGUCCAGGCGCCUCCGCUCCUGUGAUGUCUUGUCAUCUGUUUUUCUUUUUUGGAAGAGGAGGUCGAGCGCCUUCUCCAUGAACUAGGAAAUUAACAGAACUGCUUAGUCAUGCUAACGGUGUGUGGUGAAGCCAACAAAGGGAUGUGAGGUCACUUUUUUUAUUUCGAUCGUGUGGGGUUCUUUUUUUUUUUCUGACUGGAAUCAUUUAGUUUUUUUAAUUUUAAAUCCAAGUAAGAGAAAAUGAAAAACAGAAUAAAUUGUCCUUUUUUUUCAUUUGACUGUCAAACGACUCAAUUCUGAAAAAUAGCGAGGAGCCGACGAAAAAUACUGUGUGGCGCUCAUGUGUGUAUUAAACGACAAAAAGUAUUUUAAAGGAAUGGUUUUGAAUUACAUUUUAGUUUCGUUUUAUAAAUAGCUAUAUGAAUUAACAGUAUAACAAAUGUGAAUUUAAAGAAAAUGUGAACUAUUGUCCCUUUUAUUGUUAAUUGUUGUACUUGAACAAUACUUAAGGGUGUUUCAACACAUGGAAUAAACUAUGACAGGUGGUUUAGUUAAAUCAAUUACUGUGUUUUUUUGCUUUUUUAUUAGACCAGCUUUGUUUUUUACUGAUCUCAUAUGAAAGGCAGUGUUUGUUUUAUCAUCGAGCUUGAGUCAGUAUUUUCUCGCAGCGAUUACCAGUCGGAUCCGGAUUGAAAAUACUUUUUUUUUUUUUUUUCAAGUUACCAGGAAGUCUGAAGGACCCGGUCUCGUUAGGGAUGUUUUCCACAUUAGCAUAUUGGCCGCGGAGAUGGAUCGGCUCCGCAUUCUGUUGUGGUUCAGGUGAAAGAUACAAAUUGCCUUUGCCCUAAGGGCUGCCUGCAGGUCAGCAUCCAAAGUGCAUCAGACCUGCAGGUCCACUUCCUCCCGUUUACAGACUAAAGGUCGUCUAUACACGCCCGACCUUGAAAACAACCCACGUGGACACAGUCCAGCUCUGAACCCCCCCCCCCCCCUCAGUGGAGACAGCAAAGGGCAAUUUGUGAAAACAUGUGAAAACGUAAAAGAAGAAGGAGAAACUGUGACAUCGAUUUGACUCCUGGUACUUUAUUGUUUUUGUUUUUAAACUUAUCAAUCCAGUGCACACUUCUCAUCGUUUGUUCCAUCAGACAUAUAAACCUGUUUGUGUGUGUGGAGGUGGGGGGGGGGAGCAUGAUUGAGCGUCUCAAUCUGUACAAACCUUAAAGCGAACAGUACACAGUUUAUUAUUAUUAUUUCUUUUCUUUUUUUUUUAUUCUUUUCUGCUGUCGGGUGAUUCAGUGACGUUUUUGUUUCCAAAAAAAAAAAAUUUAAAAUAUGUAUGCUCAACCUUAUAUGAAUGAAGGAUAUUUGCAUUGUGGAAUAUUGCACUGAGAACUGUUGCGUCAUAAGACUGUAUCUUUUUCUAACGUUUUGGACUCAUUUUGAGUUUCGGUUUGUUCUCGACACUGUGUUUUUAGCGCUUCUCUUUGACUAUGUAAAUAUGAAGACAUCAAAGUAAGCUGUAAAUAAAAUGCAAAUGUAGAUACCUCUUAGAGCUACAUCGGUGACCCUGUGUAGUCUUAAGGUAGAAAAAAAAUAAAGGGAAUAUUUUGUGUUUA